AUGAAGUUUGAAGAUAUUCUCGCAGGAAUAAAUGGUUUUGGUAAAUUCCAGAUUAUGCUUGUCCUCCUUCAGAGUAUAUCUCGGUUUACUUUACCUUUUCACUUCCUCCUGAAUAACUUCAUGGCGGCUAGACUGGACCACCGCUGUGACAUCAGCAGUCUGGAUGAUGGGGAAGUGUUUAGGAAUCUGACCCAGGACCAGCGGCUGACGGUCAGUAUCCCAGCACAGGAAGACGGCACUCUGAGUUCCUGUAAGAUGUUCAUGGAGCCUCAGUUCCACCUGCUGCUCAACUCUUCCAACGCGAUUGAGAUACCUGCAGUACCAUGUCAACAUGGAUGGGUGUAUGACAACACCACCUUUAGUUCAACUAUAGCAACAGAGUGGGACUUGAUAUGUGAUAGGAAAGGGAUGAACAGAGCUACAGCCACCGUUUUCUUCAUCGGAGUGAUGUGUGGAGCGGCAGUGUUCGGCGGUCUCAGUGACAGAUUUGGCCGGAAGCCUAUGCUAUUGGUAGCAUACUUGUCAGCAAUAAUAUUUGGCCUGACCAGUGCUUUCUCAACAUCUUAUGUAAUGUUUAUAAUCAUGAGAUUUUUCACUGGAUUUUCACUGUCAGGGAUAAGCAUUAUUUCCGUCGUUCUGAGCGUGGAGUGGUUUGAUGUGAAGCACCGAACAUUUGCUGGAGUUAUUGUGAGCUUGGACUGGUCUUUAGGAAACAUAAUGCUCUCUGGAAUCGCAUAUUUAAUAAACGACUGGAGGUGGCUUGUGGUUGCUGCAACUUCCCCUCUGUUUUUGUCUGUUAUCGUUUGGUGGUGGAUCCCAGAGUCUGCAAGAUGGCUGAUAGUCAACGGUCAGGUUGAGAAAGCUCACAUGUACUUGGAGAAGUGUGCUAAGAUGAAUAACAGAAUGGAGUUCAUGUCAACAUUUAAGCCAGAGAAUCUUUCUGAAACUGUGAUAGUCGAGGACAGAAGUAAAAAGUACACUUUUCUUGAUCUGGUGAGAACCCCAAAUAUACGGAAACUGGCUGUAUUCACUGGGAUAGUAUGGUUUGGAGUGGCCUUCACCUAUUAUGGAAUAAGUCUGAACAUAGUGGGAUUUGGUCUGAACAUCUAUCUAACCCAGUUUGUCUAUGCAGUUAUCGAGAUGCCCAGCAAGAUUGGCGUCUAUUUAAGCCUUAAUGCGAUUGGCAGAAGGCCGACUCAAGCUGCAACCCUAAUAAUAACAGGAUCCUGCAUUGCAGUAACUUUAUUUGUUCCGGCCUAUUUGUGGAUUUUCCGUGCCAUAGUUGCCAUCAUCGGCAAAGCCUUUUCAGAGGGUUCCUUUACCACAGUCUUCAUGUACACAACUGAACUCUACCCUACAGUUGUCAGACAGAAUGGUGUGGGCUACACUUCUUUCAUGGCUCGGCUGGGUGUGUCCAUUGCCCCUCUGAUCAUAUUGUUGGAGGACACAUGGAAGUUCCUUCCUGAGGUCAUUUUUUGCAUGGUGGCCAUUACCUCUGGCAUGGCGGCCUGUAUGCUCCCUGAAACCAAGAACGUGCGUCUGCCAGAGACCAUCGAAGAUGUCGAGCACACAAGAAAGGUUAAAGACUGUGAGGCUGAUGCCACACUGAGGCCUCUAACUAGUUGUGGAGAUGAAAAGGAAUGCUGAAUACAUGCUGCGUGCACCUGGAUACCGACAAGCCUUUGUGAUUCAGGAGCCAGAUGAUUCAGAAACAAGCUUUUGUGAUUCAGGAGCCAGAUGAUUCAGACACAAGCCUUUGUGAUUCAGGAGCCAGAUGAUUCAGACACAAGCCUUGUGAUUCAAGAGCCAAAUGAUUCAGAGAUAAGCCUUGUGAUUCAUGUGAACCAUGCUUACAUUUUCUUAAACUGCUUGCUCCUCAUCAGGGUCGCGGGGCUGAAGCUUAUCCAAACGUGCAGCAUAGAUGGGUCAGAUAGAUCAUUGCAUUUAUAUAAUACUUUUCUGGACUCGAAAACAUACUAAUCAACAUAGAUGAUUUUUACAACAUUUUGCAUACAGUCUCCAACUAGCCUACAUGUCUUUGGACUGUGGGAGGAAACCCGAGUACCCGGCGGAAACUCAUACAAAGGAGAAGAACAAACUCCACACAAACUCCACACAGGAUCCAGUCUGGUCAGGCUUCAAAAUGGCUACCGUCUUGCUGUGCAGCGACAGUGCUAUUCACAUGGAGACCAUUGUAAACCUAUGCCCUGAGCUUUGAAUCAUCAGCUGUGUAUGUUGUGUGCUCCUUAUCUGUAUGUAAGUCAAGGACAGACUCGCCAAUUGUUUCUGAGUGCACAUGUUAAUUGUGUUUAUUGUGGUAAUAAUAUAUGCCAAAUAUACCUGGUCUGUUUUGAUUUUAAUACACUCCUGUAGACACCUGAUUCAACACUCUUAUUCCAUUCCCAUCUUAUGUAUCUCUAAGAUCUCAUCGAGAAUAUGCACAACCACAAGGAGGAGGCUGAAAUGGCUGUGGACAUUGUCUUUGUGUAUAAAGUAUAAAGAUGAACAUAUUGAAAUGCCGACUUGCCCAACUGAUAGAUGUACACACGUGUAAUGUAUAAACAGUGAGGUCUGUAAGUAUUUGGACACAUUUACAAGUAAUUGGACAGUUGGCUUCUCAGCUGUUUCUAAUUAGUCAGGUGUAUCCAAUCGCUUCCUCAGUGCAGCUAUAUGGACUUUCAGUAUCUAGUCUUUUAUGGGGAAGAAUCAUCAGAGAUGAGACUAACAAAAUAAACUGCUUGGAACAUCGCAAAGAAUGUGAGCUCAGUGGUUGCAAAGGGGCUCUUAGGCUAAGGAAGCUGAUUAAGGUACAAAAUACAAGGGGCUAAAGAUAGGGACAAUAGACUCCUGCAAGGUACUGCGUGAAGAAAUGGGUCUUAAGACUGCGGGGGGAAAAGGGCAGCAAAUAAGCAGUUGUUAUUGGAAUGGGGAGGUCGUCCCACCAGUAGGGGAGCUAGUGUGGAGAACCCAAUCAACCCCUCUCUCCUACCAGCAGAGGGCGUCAGUGAAUCACAUCUGCCUGUUCUUAGACCUCUGUUAGAGAUAACGGAUCUGAACCUGCAUGGAGGAUGC